AUGUCUUCUACACUCUAUUCAGAUUUAUCACAUAACUUUGGUCUUCUUCUUAAUAAUGAGAUUAAAUAUAAUGUUGUUAUUCAAGUGGGAGUAGAUGCUGGUUAUAAAGAAUUCCGUGCUCAUUCUAUUAUCCUUCGUAGUCGCUCUCCGUAUUUUCAAAAAUCAUUUUCUUCUAAUGAAAUUAAAGACGAAAAUAACAUAUAUACUUUCAAAUUUCCAAACAUUAAUCAAACCGUUUUCCAAACGAUUCUUACUUACAUUUAUACUGGAAGUGUCGAUUUAAAUUUUAAACAAGAAGACGAAAUAUUUUAUAUUUUGCAUGCCUCUGAUAAGUUUUCUUUGGAUACACUUACUAAAUUUACCGAAAAAUAUCUUAUUGAAAAUCAUUCAGAAUAUAUAAGAAAAUAUUCCGUAAAAAUUCUUCGAAGUAUUUUAAAUACAAAUUAUACUUUUGAUGAAUUGCAGGAAUUAUGUUUGGAUACAAUUUGUUAUGAACCUAAACUUUUAUUUCACGCUAAUAAUUUCACAAGACUUCCCGCUCCUUUAUUGGAAAUUGUUCUCAAACGAGAUGAUCUUAACUUAGUUGAAAUUGAAAUUUGGGAAAGUUUGAUUAAAUGGGGUGUCGCGCAAGUUUCAAGACAAUUAAGUAAUAGUAAUCCUAACAUAUGGACUAAUUCAAGGCAAUUAAGUAAUAAUCCCAACGAAUGGACUAAAGAAAAUUUUACUGAAUUAGAAAGAAAUAUUCAUAAUCUUAUUCCUUUAAUCAGAUUUUACGAGAUUUCUUCUAAAGAUCAUUUCAAAAAAAUAGGACCUUAUGAAGAAAUUUUACCUAAAGAACUGAAACAAGAUAUUUUUCAGUUUCACAUGGUGCGAGAACAUACACCUAUGUUCAAAUCUUCGCCAAGGAUUUUAAAGAAUAUAAUGAACUUUGAUUCUAUAAUACUUAAUAGAAAACAAUUUAUUAAUCUUGCAAAUUUGAUGGAUGACAAGGAUAAUGAAUCAGCAUAUAUUAACAACAUUUCAUAUAAUUUUAAGCUGGAAUAUCGAUUAAUAAAAUGCUAUUCAAGUACUUGUAUAUUAUUUUUGAAUUAUAAAUUUAGAUUUAACAAAAAUAGUUCUUUCGUAAUAGUAUUUUCUUUUCGUAAUAGUAAUAGUAGUAGGUACGAUAGUAUCAAUAAAGGAUCCCAUUACAAAGCAGGAGGUUAUCUUUAUAGUAGUAAAUAUUGUAGAGGAGGUUAUUUUUACUGUAAUCAUAAGAACGAGGAAGGAAAGGUUUUUGCAAUAACUGAUUGGGAGAAUAUUGUAACUGAAAAUAUCAGUUUUAAUUUUGACUUUUUACAUAGUUGUCAAGGGAAAGUAUCAUUUGAAAUAUUCCGCGUUGAAAAUGCUAUUACUAAUACGUUAAAAACCAAAGGUAAGAAAAUGGAUAAAGUCGUAGAUAAAAUAGAUAGAAACGUAAAUUGUAAAAAUAAAGUAUCCCUUAUUCGCAGAGUGACCUUUAAGAUUUUUGAUGAAAAAAGAAUUACUAAAAAAACCCCAAAAUCCACAUAUGAUGAUUAA